CUGUACCAGUCGCGUCAAAGCAUCCCAAGUCACCACAGAUAUAUCACCAAAUAUUGAUAAACAAACAAUACUAGUGCGAAGAAACCUUUAGAGAUUUGACUGAAAAACAUCUUGAACACGACCUAUUAGGCAAAAUUAAGCCAAAAUUUCCAAAAAUUUCCCGUUAGAGUUUCAAACUCACUAUACAUAACCAUAUUGCAUGCAUACUAUUAAAUAUUUGGGCAUCCGUCAAGUACCCCCAAAUUGGAUUAAUACAUAUACUUUUAAAUUUACAACUACAAAAAGUUUCACAACAUUCAAUAUUAAUAUCAAUAACUCAAAAAAGAAUCAUAAAUAUCAUAAAAUUUUCAUGACUUUGUCUCAUGAAGAUGGAAGUACUAAAGUACAAUCCAGACAAUCACGAGAUCCUAUCUUAGAUAUAAUUGAUUUUGAUUCUGAUUUUGAAUCAGAACUGGAAAUUAUAGAUAUUAAACAUAAUUCAAUUAGGCGACAAGAUGUUAAAUUAUCUCAAAAAUUAGAUUCAUUUGAUUUUGGUGAUGAUGAUGAUGAUGUAGAAAUUUUAAGAGCUGCUGAUCAAUUAAUGAUGAAAAAACCAAAUCAAACUAAUAUAAAAAAUAUCAAUAAAUUAUUAAAGCGUCAACCAAGUUCUGAUAUACAUACAGGAUGGAAACAUGCAAAGGUUGAAAAUAAUGAUGAUACUAUAUUACCACCUUCACUAACUGACUUCAACGGUUCGAGUCCCGUAAGGAUAGUUCCAUUUGAUCAAAUGGGUAGUCGAACAAGUAGUCCAAUAAAAUCAAAAGUUGCUCAUCAAAUGAGAACCUUUUCUACUUUAACCAAUUCCAAUUCCAAUUCCACUAAUACUAAACCACUAAAUUCAAAACCUAAAUCUAUACCAAAUCAUAAAAUACUAUUUUCUACUCAAAGACCAACCGUAUAUCAAGAAGAUGAUUCUCUGCUGAUUAUAAAGACAGUUAAACCAAUGAUUCUUUCAUCAGAACAAGAAUAUAUAUUAAAUAAAGUUCUUGAAGGAAUCCCAUUAUUUUAUACUGGUUCAGCAGGUACAGGUAAAUCUGUUUUAUUAAGAGUUAUUAUAAAAGAAUUAAAAAAUAAAUUUUCUGAAGGAGUUUAUGUUACUGCUUCAACCGGUUUAGCUGCUUGUAAUAUAGGUGGAACAACUCUACAUAGUUUUGCUGGAGUUGGAUUAGGAGAUUCUCCAGUAUCAAAAUUAAUAGAUCGAGUAAGAAAGAAUAAAACUGCCAUGUAUAAAUGGAGAUCUGCUAAAGUACUUAUUAUAGAUGAAAUUUCAAUGGUUGAUGGAGAAUUUUUUGAUAAAUUAGAUUCAAUUGCUCGGAAAGUAAGAGAUAAUAAUAAACCAUUUGGUGGUAUACAACUUGUUGUUUGUGGAGAUUUUUAUCAAUUACCUCCUGUUGUUAAACAACAAAGAGAUGAAAAUAAUAGAUUAAUUGAAAGGAAAGAAAUUUCUUUUGCCUUUGAUUCUUAUGCUUGGCAAUCGAGUAUUGAAGAAACAAUUGUAUUAACAGAAGUCUAUAGACAAAAGGGAGAUCAAAAAUUUAUAGAAAUGUUAAAUGAAUUAAGAGAUGGGAAAGUUUCUGAAGAUACUAGUAAAGAAUUUCGAAAAUUAAAUCGAGAACUUAUAUGUCCUGCUGGAAUAGUUCCAGCAGAAAUCUUUGCUACUAGAAGAGAAGUUGAUAAUGCUAAUGAUUUUCGUCUAAAUAAACUUCCUGGUGAAACAUUAAAAUUUAAUUCAACAGAUGGAGGUCUGGCAGAACCUAGAAUACGACAAUCUUUAUUACAAAAUUUUUUAGCUCCUGAAGAAUUAAGACUUAAAAAGAAUGCUCAAGUUAUGUAUACUUAUUUAAAAUAUAAAAAUGGUAAUCCUGAAAAUGAGCAAGGAGAAUCUGAUUAUAUAUUCGAUCAUUUAAGUUCAUCAGAUAUUUCUAAUUUAUCAACAGAAGAUAUACUAAAUCGAGAAAGAAAACAAGAAAUUGAGAGACAAUUUGCUGCUAAAGCUCUUGAAGAUAGUGAUGCGAAUGGGAAAAAGCUUCCAUUAGUUAAAUUCUUAUUAGCUAAUGGUAUUGAUACACGUACUGUAGUAGUAGAUCCUGAAGAAUGGAAAGUUGAAGAUGAUAAAGAUGUAGUAUUAGCUUCAAGAGUUCAAAUACCUUUAAUAUUAGCUUGGUCAUUAUCAAUUCAUAAAUCUCAAGGUCAAACUUUACCGAAAGUUAAAGUAGAUUUAAAAAGAGUAUUUGAAAAGGGUCAAGCUUAUGUAGCAUUAUCAAGAGCAGUAUCAAGAGAGGGACUUCAAGUUCUUAAUUAUGAUAGAUCAAAAAUUAUUGCCCAUCCUCGAGUGAUUAGAUUUUAUGAUAGUUUGACAGUAAUUAAAUCUGGUGGUCAAUCUAAACUUGAUAAAUUUUAUAGUAGUACUGAUAUAUUAGCUCCAUCAUCACGAUCUUAUCAGACAAUGAAUGAAUGAAUAAUAUAUUUCUUGUAUAUAUAUCAAUAAACAUAUUUCUAUAACUAUGUACAAAUUUUUGUUUCAUU